AUGCCUUCCCAUCCCAACUUCCGCUUCUCCCUUCCAAGGUGGAUUGGAUUGCUGUGUAACAAGAAGAUCAAGAGCGAGACAGUUGACAGCAGUGACAACAGCAACCUUAACUGCACCAACAACAUUGACGACAGCAACCCAAUCUCCAACUCCAUAGAAUGCUAUGCUUGCACACAAGUAGGUGUUCCUGUCUUCCACUCCACAAGCUGUGACCAGGCCCACCAGCCCGAAUGGGAGGCCUCAGCAGGCUCAUCAUUAGUCCCCAUCCAAAACCGGCCGCGCCCAAGAAAGAGCCCAAGUAGCCGAGCCCAAUCUCGCCGGCCGACCGGUCCAUUAGGAACCGUUCUCGAUCCUCGUAGCAAGCGGGUGCAGAAAUGGAACCGGGCUUUCCUAUUGGCACGUGGCAUGUCUUUGGCCGUUGAUCCUUUGUUCUUCUACGCUUUGUCGAUAGGGAGAAAUGGGGCCCCUUGCUUGUACAUGGACGGUGGUUUGGCCGCAAUCGUGACCGUCCUUCGCACGAGCGUGGAUGCAAUACACUUGUGCCAUCUGUGGUUACAGUUCAGGCUGGCGUUCGUGUCCAGGGAGUCUCUCGUUGUUGGGUGCGGGAAACUCGUGUGGGACGCACGUGCCAUUGCUUCUCAUUAUGUGAGGUCUCUUAAAGGAUUCUGGUUUGAUGCUUUUGUCAUUCUUCCAGUUCCUCAGGCUGUGUUUUGGUUAGUUGUACCCAAAUUAAUCAGGGAAGAGCAGAUUAAGCUGAUAAUGACAAUACUUUUGUUGAUCUUCUUGUUCCAAUUCCUCCCUAAGGUGUACCACUGCAUAUGCUUAAUGAGAAGCAUGCAAAAGGUCACAGGUUAUAUCUUUGGCACCAUUUGGUGGGGCUUUGCCCUUAAUCUCAUUGCCUACUUCAUUGCCUCUCAUGUUGCUGGUGGAUGUUGGUACGUCCUCGCGAUACAACGUGUUGCUUCAUGCCUCAGGCAGAGUUGUGAGAGUAGACCCAAUUGCGAUCUCUCUUUGGCUUGCUCAGAGGAGGUUUGUUACCAGUUUCUCUUACCGGCAGGCACAAUUGGAAAUCCAUGUGGUGGUAACUCAACAUAUACUGUUAGGAAGCCUAUGUGCUUGGAUGUUAAUGGAGCAUUCAAUUAUGGGAUUUAUAAGUGGGCUCUUCCUGUCAUUUCCAGCAAUUCUUUGGCUGUGAAGAUUCUUUAUCCCAUUUUCUGGGGUUUAAUGACCCUCAGCACCUUUGGCAAUGAUCUUGAUCCGACAAGUAACUGGCUAGAAGUGAUCUUCAGUAUAUGUAUUGUUCUCAGUGGUUUAAUGCUCUUCACUUUACUGAUUGGAAACAUCCAGGUGUUCUUGCAUGCGGUCAUGGCGAAGAAGAGAAAAAUGCAACUGAGAUGCAGAGAUAUGGAAUGGUGGAUGAGGAGGAGACAGUUACCAUCUAGUUUAAGGCAUAGAGUUCGCCAUUAUGAACGGCAGAGAUGGGCAACCAUGGGAGGUGAAGACGAGAUGGAACUAAUCAAAGACUUACCUGAAGGACUCCGGAGAGACAUCAAACGCUAUCUUUGCCUAGAUCUAAUAAAGAAGGUACCUUUGUUCCACAACUUGGAUGAUCUGAUUCUUGACAACAUUUGCGAUCGUGUUAAGCCCCUUGUUUUUUCUAAAGAUGAAAAGAUAAUUAGAGAAGGAGACCCAGUGCAAAGGAUGGUUUUCAUUGUUCGUGGGCGUAUAAAGAGUAGCCAAAGUCUUAGCAAAGGCAUGGUGGCAACUAGCGUACUUGAACCAGGAGGCUUCUUGGGUGAUGAGUUGCUCUCCUGGUGCCUUCGCCGGCCAUUCAUAGACCGACUUCCAGCCUCAUCUGCAACAUUUGUUUGUAUUGAAUCGACAGAAGCAUUUGGUCUUGAUGAAAACCAUCUUCGGUACAUCACAGAUCACUUUCGCUACAAAUUUGCCAACGAAAGGCUUAAGCGAACUGCAAGAUAUUACUCAUCAAACUGGAGAACAUGGGCAGCAGUAAAUAUACAGUUCGCUUGGCGCCGUUACCGGACGAGGACCAGGGGACCAGUGAAUCGUAUAACGGAAAAUGGAGGUACCGAGCGCCGGCUCCUGCAGUAUGCUGCAAUGUUUAUGUCAAUCCGGCCACACGACCACCUUGAGUAA